CUCAGGCCUCCAGGGAAGUAAAUUGGGGCCAGUGAUUGGGAGGUAAGCAAGUACCAAAGGAACAGUUAGAGUGAACAGCAGCCUGAGGGUGGACCAGAGAUGUGGGGGUCAAGGAAACGAUUGGAGUGAUUAGAGACAGUGCCUAAGGAUGGCCUGAGCUGGGAUAUCCCAGGAGAGAAGGUCUAGAUUGAGUGAGAAUAAAGGAGAACAGGGAUGGGGAAACUGAGGGACAUGCCGGGGAGCUGUUGGAGGCAAGCUUAAGCGCAUGUGUCCUGUUAGACACACAGCGGAGGUCCUCCUGGCAAUGGGAGGAAGGGACUGGAUUGGGCCAUCUCACCUGAGGAGUGGGUACCAAACCCCAGACUUUCCCACGGCUCUCACUUGGCUUAAAACCAGUGUCAGACAAAGGUCUCCAGCUCCCCUCCUCCCCAGCAGGCCAUCUUCCCCACGCCAUCAAUUAUUCAUCAGCACAGACACCGCCCUCUCCAGCAGGGCAGCCUGGUCCUCCUCCCGGUGCCCGGCCCCAGAUCAGCCACACUGCCACAGAGGCUCUGGUGAGGAAGCACCAAUAGCUGGGCCGGUGGAGGCCUAGCCACGGGGUCCCGUAGCCGGCCCUGCUGGACCACACCAUCUCCUUCCCCUCCGGCACCUUCCUCCUGCCCCUGGAGAAGAUGCCCAUCCAGAUCUUUUGCUCUGUGUCAUUCUCCUCUGGAGAGGAAGCCCCGGGACCCAUGGGAGAUAUCUGGGGUCCUCACCACCGCCGGCAGCGGCAGGACAGCUCAGAAUCGGAAGAGGAAGAGGAAGAGAAGGAAAAGGAGGCAGUGAAGAGGGAUCUGGGUGAGGGGGACUCACCUAGGGACUUGGUGGCCUUCGCCAACAGCUGUACCCUCCACGGUGCCAGCCACGUCUUUGUGGAAGGGGGCCCGGGGCCGAGGCAGGUCCUGUGGGCAGUGGCCUUUGUCAUAGCACUGGGUGCCUUCCUGUGCCAGGUAGGCGACCGAGUGGCUUAUUACCUCAGCUACCCACACGUGACUUUGCUAGAUGAAGUGGCCACCACGGAGCUGGUGUUCCCGGCAGUCACGCUCUGUAACACCAACGCCGUCCGGUUGUCCCAGCUCAGCUACCCCGACUUGCUCUACCUGGCCCCUAUGCUAGGGCUGGAUGAAAGUGAUGACCCUGGGGUGCCCCUUGCUCCCCCUGGGCCAGAGGCUUUCUCCGGGGAGCCCUUUAAUCUCCACCGUUUCUACAAUCGGUCCUGCCACCGGCUGGAAGACAUGCUGCUCUAUUGUUCCUACUGCGGGGGCCCCUGCGGUCCCCACAACUUCUCAGUGGUCUUCACACGGUACGGGAAGUGUUACACAUUCAACUCAGGCCAAGAUGGGCGGCCACGGCUGAAGACCAUGAAAGGCGGCACUGGCAAUGGUUUGGAGAUCAUGCUGGACAUCCAGCAAGAUGAAUACCUGCCUGUGUGGGGAGAGACUGACGAGACGUCCUUCGAAGCCGGCAUCAAAGUGCAGAUCCACAGUCAGGAUGAACCUCCUUUCAUCGACCAGCUGGGCUUCGGCGUGGCCCCGGGCUUCCAGACUUUUGUGUCUUGCCAGGAGCAGAGGCAGCUCAUCUACCUGCCCUCACCCUGGGGCACCUGCAAUGCUGUUACCAUGGACUCGGAUUUCUUCGACUCCUACAGCAUCACCGCCUGCCGCAUUGAUUGUGAAACCCGUUACCUGGUGGAGAACUGUAACUGCCGGAUGGUGCACAUGCCAGGGGACGCCCCAUACUGCACCCCAGAGCAGUACAAGGAGUGUGCAGAUCCUGCCCUGGACUUCCUAGUGGAGAAGGACCAGGAAUACUGCGUGUGCGAGAUGCCCUGCAACCUGACCCGCUACGGCAAGGAGCUGUCCAUGGUCAAGAUCCCCAGCAAAGCCUCGGCCAAGUACCUGGCCAAGAAGUUCAACAAAUCCGAGCAGUACAUAGGGGAGAACAUCCUGGUGCUGGACAUCUUCUUUGAAGUUCUCAACUAUGAGACCAUCGAGCAGAAAAAGGCCUAUGAGAUCGCAGGGCUCUUGGGAGACAUCGGGGGCCAGAUGGGCUUGUUCAUCGGGGCCAGCAUCCUCACAGUGCUGGAACUCUUUGACUAUGCCUACGAGGUCAUUAAGCACCGGUUGUGUAGAAGAGGGAAAUGCCAGAAGGAGGCCAAGAGGAGCAGCGCGGACAAGGGCGUGGCGCUCAGCCUGGAUGACGUCAAAAGACACAAUCCCUGCGAGAGCCUCCGGGGCCAUCCCGCCGGGAUGACCUACGCGGCCAACAUCCUACCUCACCAUCCCGCUCGAGGCACGUUUGAGGACUUUACCUGCUAAGCCCCCCGCAGGCCACCGUACCAAAGGCCCAGAUGGGGAGGGCGAGGAGGAGGAGGAGGGGCCCCCAGCUGCCCCCAUCGACCCUGGGGACUCAGCUGCACUCCUGCGCAGUGGUUCCCCGUUGUCUGGUGAGGAAGGAGUCUUCGCCACAGUCCUCUCCCUGCCUCUAUCCCAUCUUUUUAUUUUAACAAAAUUAAACUAAUAUAAAAAGAGAGAACGAGAGAGGUCCGGCCAGGACCGCAGGCUGCCCUCUGCUCCAUGCUGCCUCCCCCAGCUCCAAGCCUGUCUGUCUGUCUGUCAUCUGAGUAUCCGCCUACAUUCUGCUACCACCAGUCACCAAAGCCCUCUCCUAGUGAGGGGUGGAGGGGAUCUCUAGGGUCUGAAAUUGGACCCCGAACCAGAGAAUGUACCUUAAGGGAGAGGGCUAGUGAGGGGGCUGCCCUAGCCUUAAGAGACUCUCUCAGCCCACUGACUCCCCACAAGCCCGAGUCUCCAGGUAAGAACAAAACGCUCAGUUCUGCUCCCUCCGUCACAUGGAAUCGUUAGGGGGUAGAGGAUCUCCUGAAGAAGUAGAGACGGGGACUCCAUGUGGCCCUGGUGCUGUAGGCCACAUCCCGAUAUCUGUAAGUCACCUCCACCUCGAAGCUGCUGGAGAGAAACCCCAAGAGGCAGCUCUCCUCUACAUCCCAUAAAGGACCUGGCUGGUUAGCUUCCAGCUCAGGGAGAGGGGUCCUGGAGCCUGACCUCCCUAGCGUCUCUUUCAGAGGCCUUUGCAGAGGGCCACAUCCAUAAAUUUUCUUAUGGAACGCUCCUCUUCCCCGGCUCCAUUUGCUUCUCUCGACAACCUCAUCUGCAUUUUCUAUUUCUAUACGAUACAGACUCUAUAUUGCUAUAUCUCUGUAUAUACUUUCCUCUCGCCCCGUCUGUCUCCACCCAUCCCCUCUUGUCUCUGAGAAUCAUCCUCCCACCCCAGCUCCCCUUCUGUUUCUCCCCUCCGUCCCCCCUCCCCCCGUCUCUGAAUGCCUUUGCCUGUAUAAAGAGUUGGACUCCCCCCUGGUGUCUGUACUGUGUACACACAUCCCUCUGAGAAGCACAAGGAGACGACACGCGCAUUGUAACCUUCGCACUGUCUCGGUGGCGGCGACAUAAAGGAAGCUGUGAAUUACAAGCUCUGCCUCUUUCUGGCCUCGCCCUUGACCCUGCAACCGGGGCACCCUGCCCUCCCCCACAGCCUUAACACACCCUCGCCCUCGCUCCACCUAUCCCAAGGCCCUCUGCCUGGCUGACCGUGGCCUCCCCCCGGGGAAGAGGUCGCUGCCCGAAGAGGCAGCGCCUACCCCGGAGCCGAGCUAUGCUGGACCGAGGGAGCUGGGGGCUGGCGACCGUGCAGCUGGGGCAGUGGGCACCCACAGACAGAAGCGGAAGUCCUCAUCCAGCGGCCCUCCUCUGCUCGGGGUGCCCAGCGCCCCUUCUUCACUGGGAUGCCCAGGCCCACCAUUUUCUGGUGAGGCGGGGUUUGGUCAUGUGAAGAAAGAGACGGGGUCUAGAGAGGGAGCAGAAAGCUCUGCUGUUGUGUGUCCCGACCUUGAGGGGCCACACGUUGAAGCAGAGGGCCUCCCCACCCGUACCGGGCCAGAGACCCAACCCCUUUCCAGGCCCUCCUCUGCCCCCGUGGUCUCCAGGUCUCUAAUCCCCAAACAGGACUCCUGUGGGCAGAUCACCUGUGUAGUCGGCCUGGAGCCAGAGAGUGAGGCUAUAGCAUCUUUGAGAACCCUUGGUUCCCAAGAGUUCUUUAGACAUCAGACCUCCCCAGAAGGAAGCAGGGCAAAGCUGAGAAGCGCGCACUGGUCGGGGGACAGCAGGCGGGGCUCUGGGUGACGCAUGCCUCUGGUCCAAUAAACUGGGUUUCAACCA